AUGCCUAACUACAGCAGCUUCUCACAUGUUUUACUUGUCUUCGUCCAUCUAAUUUUAAAUGCCAAGUGUCAUGCGAUUCGGGAUGCCCAAAUACUUGAAAAACAACAAGUUAAAAAAGAGAUGAAAGAUGAAGAUAAACGUUUAGAUAUAAUGAUGGAAAUUGAACGAUUAAACGCAUUAAAAAUACAGGAAGAAAUUGAAAAACGUCGACAUCUACAAGCGAAAGAAGGUGCGAGUUUAAUAUUGAAACAAAUUGAAGAGAAUGAUAAAGAAAAAGUGUUUAAAGAAGAAAUUCGUGAGCAAGAAAAUCAAGCGAUGAUCGAUUACAUGCAAAAAUUACAAGAAAAAGAUUGGGAAGAAUUUUCGAAGAAAAAAGAAGGACAAAAAAAACUAGCGACCGAUUUAUUAGCAGCAAAUCGUGAAAUAGAGGAAAAUCGUGUUUUACGCAAAGAACAAGAUCGUAUUGCUGAUUUAGCGGUGUUGGAAUUUCAACGAGCGAAAGCAGCAAGAGAAGCAGCUCAAGAAGCAGAAAUAGAACGGAAACGAUCGGAAAAAGAGCGAGAAGUGGCAAGAUUAAGAGCACAACAAGAGCGAGCAAGGGAUUUACAAGCAGAAAAAGAUGCCUUGAGAGCAAAACGUGAGCAAGAGAGACGCGAACGUGAGUGGCGUGAGCGUGAAAAAAUGGACACAUUAAAGAAGAAAAUGAAUGAAGAUGAAAUGAAAAUGGCAAGAGAAUGGCAGGUGAAAAACAAAGAACAACAUUUAGCCGUUGAAGCAGCGCGAGAACGAGCUGAAUUUGAACGUGUGUUAAGAGCUCAACUGGAAUUAGCCGAAAAAGAGCGUGGUGUGGAAUUAAAUCGUUUAUCAAAACGCAAUCGUUAUGCUGAUGAAUUACGUAAUCAGAUUGUCACUAACGAAAAACAAAAAGUCGAAGAUCGUACUGCCUUCUUUGAUGAAGGUGCGAGAUUAGAUGAUGAAGCAAGAAUAAGACGAUUGAAAUUAGAUGGUAUCAAGAAGCAUAAAUUAGAUGAACUACGGUAAGAGGAAAACAUUUUGUAGACAACAGUCGCAUUCAUUUGAUAUUCAUCGGCACCCAGAUGAAAUAGCUCUUGCAAGAUCUAUGAACUAUUAGGUUAUUGAACAAUUAUAUCUGGUAGGCUUUGUCGUACCGCUACUGGACCGUUAUUCGCUCAAAUUCUAGCGGAAGCUGACUCGAGUUAGAAUCACAGACUAUAUUGAUAGCUUACGUUUCUUAUAAAACUUUGUAAUAAGAUCAUCGAGUAAGAUCUUACAGAAUCUCAUAGAAAGACCUUUUAAAAAAAUCUUGUGAAAUCUUAUUAUAUGAUCUAACAAGAUUGAACAAGAACAUAUUUUUUUAAAUCUUGUUGUAUGUUCUUCAAGAUCUUGCAAGAAGUGAUGACUGAACGUACCACAAAAACUUCGCUAUGAUAUAGAACAUAUGCACACUAAAAAACA